ACGUAAAACUUGUUGCUACUUAUCAUGUUUGUGGUGAUUGGGUCUUUGUAGUUGUAUUAUCGCUAUUUAAAGUAUGAAUGUUUCACUUUAUCUUCCCAGCAACUCUUGCUUUUUCACUCUCAGUUACUUUGAAUUUCUUCUCUCGAAUGCUGAACGUUAUGACCUGAGACUAUUUUAGUUGCUGCCUAAGCUUAGUAGAGGAAUCACAUGCACCUAUGUGAAGGGUUGGAAAUUUCCACAACUUACUGCUAUUUAAAUAAAAUCAAAAGCGAAAAAGCGGCAUUCAAUAUUUGCUUUCUAUAUAAAGUUACCGCAAGUGUUCAAGUGUCAAGUGAACAAUUAAUUAUUUCGGCUACAAUAAGAAAAUAUUUAGCGGAACGAAAAAAAUUAAUUACAUGUGGAAGAGCAGAUGAUGUUGGCAAAUGACUGUGAAACAAUAUUUUAUCGCUAAAUAUCUAUCUUGGACACAAAUUAAACAAUAAUUUAUCACAGUGAGAUCUCAGUUUAGUGUUCAUUUGAUAAUUUAAUUAGUUUCCGACUGAUAAAGCAGUUGUUAUUCGUGAUAUGUGCAUUUGUAAUUAAAUAAAUACAGAUAGAACAAUUAAAAAUGUCAACUCAAAUGCAAACAUCAGCGCAUGGUCAGCUGAGAAAUGCCCGGAAAUCAAUCAAAGGAAGCAUUCAAUCGACAACUUAUGAAUUUCCCUACAUGCGGCAACCGGAAAAGAAAACAUUAGGUCAACUCAUCUAUGACAGAGAGAAAGGAAAAAUUCUUGGAAGAACUCUUCCUAAUUGGGGGGAACUUUUAAUCUUUUACACGGUUUUUUACAUCAGCUUAGCUGCACUUUUCGCAAUAUGUUUCAAGGCACUUAUGAUGACUAUUCCAUUUCAUAAGCCAAAAUGGAUACUUGACAAAUCACUUAUAGGAACAAAUCCAGGAUUGGGAUUCAGACCUAUGUCAAAAGAUGUUGUUCACGGAUCAUUGAUCUGGUAUGACAUCACGGAACAAAAACAAGUCAAUUAUACACAUGAGAAAAUAAGAAACAAUCAUAAAAACUGCGGUUUUGGAUCCCUUCCUGACUCUCAUCAAGUUUGUAAUUUAAAUAUUGAAGAUUUUGAUGAAUGCAGUAAAAGUCGCUCAUAUGGUUACAACAAUUCAUCUCCGUGCAUAUUUUUGAAGUUGAAUCGUAUCUAUGGUUGGAUUCCUGAGUACUACAACGACAUAAAUGACCUUCCAUCAGACAUGCCAGAAGAUUUAGUGGAGUAUAUAAAAAGCAGACCUCAAAUUGAAAGAGAUCAAGUGUGGGUGUCUUGUAGUGGAGAAAAUAGCGUUGAUCGAGAAGUUGUUGGGGAUAUAGCUUACUUUCCAACACAAUUACGUGGUUUUCCGAGUUAUUUCUUUCCUUACACUAAUAUUAAAGGCUACCUUAGUCCAUUAGUUGCUGUAAAAUUUAAAAGGCCAAAACCAAAUCAAAUCAUAAACAUUCAAUGUCGAGCAUGGGCAAAAAAUAUAAAUUAUAAUGGGAGUCAUCGUGAUCGACAGGGUUCGGUACAUUUCGAGUUGAUGAUUGAUGCUCCCAUCAACUGAGACAUCCAAUAAAAUACUUCAAUGUUGAAAAUCGAACUUCAUCAAAUAUUUUUCACAUCACCAGAUUUCCUGUCGAAUAAAUAAUUUCAUUCUACGAGUUGCCUUUGAAAAUCAUUUCCACUCAUUUGACUCUUUGCAUUUUUUUCCAUUGGAUUUCACUCGUUUUAGAAUUACAGUUGUGAAUUUUGCUUAAAAUAUUUAUUGUGAAUGAAACAAGAUUGAUUGUAUUGUAGUACAUGUUUUAUAUCUAGAUAGAUAGAAGUAGGGAGAAAUGAAACGACACAGUUUUGUUAACAUGUACGCAUAUUAAUUUUAGAUAUUAAAAAAAAACGAAAGAAAUAAAGAUGAAAUAUCUGAAUGAACA